AUGGCGAUGAAUCGAAUCAGAGGCGCCUUUGCGUAUGCCUAUGAACGAAAGGAGUCUAUUCAGAAGACCAUCAUGGCCAUGACUCUGGGCAAAGAUGUCUCCGCCCUCUUUCCCGAUGUCCUUAAGAAUAUUGCGACCAAUGAUCUGGAACAGAAGAAGCUAGUCUAUCUCUAUCUAAUGUGGGUGUCAGUGGAAAUGGCAACUGUUGCUCCCCGUACGCUAAUUCUUGAUCUGCGAUGGUUUAGGAAUUAUGCCAAAUCCCAUCCGGAUCUUUGCAUCCUCGCCGUCAACACCUUCGUACAAGAUUCAGAAGAUCCCAACCCUCUUAUUCGAGCGCUGGCGAUCCGAACGAUGGGAUGCAUUCGAGUCGACAAGAUGGUGGACUACAUGGAGGAACCGCUUCGGAAGACUCUUCGGGACGAAUCUCCGUAUGUUCGCAAGACUGCUGCGAUCUGUGUGGCCAAGCUUUUCGACCUCAACCCGGGCAUGUGUCUAGAAAACGGUUUCCUGGAGAUGCUGCAAGAAAUGAUAGGCGAUCCCAACCCUAUGGUCGUCGCGAACUCGGUGACGGCGCUUUCGGAGAUAUACCACGCUGCUCCUGAAACGCAGGCCUUAAAGGUGACAUCGAACACGCUGCGCAAGCUUUUGAUGGCACUGAACGAAUGCACUGAAUGGGGUCGUGUUACAAUACUCACCACCUUAGCGGAGUUUAAGACGAGCGAAGUGACCGAGUCGGAGCACAUCUGCGAACGAGUCGCGCCGCAGUUCCAACAUGCCAAUCCCAGUGUGGUGUUGGCUGCGGUCAAAGUGGUUUUCUUACAUAUGAGGAACAUUAACCAGGAAUUGUCUAAAAACUACCUGAAAAAAAUGGCUCCACCCCUAGUUACCCUGGUUUCCUCUGCCCCCGAGGUGCAAUAUGUAGCGCUGAGAAACAUCGAUCUUCUAUUGCAGAAGCAGCCCGACAUUCUGAACAAAGAGCUCCGUGUUUUCUUCUGCAAGUAUAACGAUCCCCCUUAUGUCAAGUUCCAGAAGCUCGAGAUCAUGGUUCGGAUAGCCAAUGAUCGGACUGUCGAUCAGCUUCUUGCCGAAUUGAAGGAAUAUGCUCUGGAAGUUGAUAUGGACUUUGUGCGGCGCGCCAUUCGGGCUAUUGGCCAGGUUGCCAUCAAGAUCGAGAGCGCUAGCGAAAAAUGUGUCAACACAUUGUUGGAUCUCAUCAACACCAAGGUGAACUAUGUGGUGCAGGAGGCUAUCGUGGUGAUCAAAGAUAUUUUCCGGAAAUAUCCAGGAUACGAGGGCAUCAUUCCCACUCUUUGCAAAUGUAUCGAUGAACUGGAUGAGCCCAAUGCCCGAGCGGCCCUUAUCUGGAUUGUGGGUGAGUACGCAGAGAAGAUCAGCAAUGCCGGUGACAUCUUGGCUGGAUUUGUAGAGGGGUUCAACGAGGAAUUCUCCCAGACCCAACUGCAAAUCCUGACUGCUGUCGUCAAACUCUUCCUCAAGCGACCUGAGAAGGCCCAGGGCCUUGUACAGAAAGUCCUUCAGGCAGCUACGGCCGAGAACGAUAACCCUGAUGUCCGAGACCGUGCCUAUGUCUACUGGCGCCUACUGUCUAACACCAGUGACCCGGACGCUACCAGAAACAUUGUCCUCUCUGACAAACCACCAAUUGUGACCACCAUCUACUCCUUACCUCCCGCGCUCCUGGAACAACUUCUCACCGAGAUCUCUACUCUUUCUUCGGUCUACCACAAGCCACCCGAGCAGUUUGUCGGCCAGGGCAGGUUUGGUGCCGAUGCUGUUCAAAGAGCGGCCAUCGAGGAACAAAUCCAAAAUGCACGUGAGAACCCCUUGGCGGCAGCCGCCGCUGCAGCGGCAGUUUCUGGCGACGCACCGCCUCAACAGGCUCAGAGCAAUAUCGAGAAUCUCCUGGACAUCGACUUUGACGGUACAGCACCCGCCUCUGCUCAAAAAGAGCCAAACAGUGGCAUGUCUGGGCUGGAGGGUCUUGCCGGCACGCCCGUUCGAGUCGAGUCUCCCGCAGCUGGCGUGCCCGCCGGCAGCAACAAUCUCGACGACCUUCUCGGGGUCUUUGGGGAUGGAGCUCCAGCGUCGAGCAGCGGAGGCGCACCCAAUGGUGGCAAUGUAAGUGCUGAUCUCAUGAACGGGUUCUCUGGGUUAGAUCUAUCGCCCAACACUACCACCUCACCGCCGUCUGGAGGGAGUCAGCCCAAAAAGACCAAUGAAGAUAUCAUGUCAUUGUUCCAAAAGUGA